AUGAUAUGUGAAGGUGUCGGGACUGUGAAUAUUCAAUGUAAUCAUAAGGUACUUAUUCUUAAUAAUGUUUUGUAUGUUCCUAAAUUAACAACAAAUUUGAUUUCUGUGAGUAAGUUAUUAGAAUUAGAUCUAAGAGUGGUGUUCAAUUCGGGAGGUUGUUUUAUAUAUGACAGUAAUGAUAAACUUAUCAGUUCUGCUAGGAAUUUAAAUGGGAUAUUUAAAUUGUAUGGGUGUGUUAGAAAUAGUAGGUAUUUGCACAAAAAGGAGCAUUCUUUGUUCCUUCACGAUAAGAAGGACUCCCAGAGUGCCGCAGUUGCAGCUCAUCAGCAGCCAAUGCUAUUAUGGCAUCGAAGGUUGGGCCAUCUCAGCUCUGGAGUGGAGAUUGAUAGUUUUAAUAAUAUUAAUUCCUGUGUUUUCAAAGAUUCGUGGGAUACUGGCAGCGAGCACAACUCCUCUGUCGAGUGUUCGGUGAAUGAUGACGUAGGAGGUGUCUCUGUUACGUCACAACGCGCGACGUUGACUGGAGGGGAAGGUGUGCCUGUAGCUUCACGCCCAAUACGUAGUACACGUUUGGUUCCGCCUAAAAGGUAUGACGACUAUGAUCUGUCUAUGUUUGUAAGGGAUGUUUUGGUCGACGAGCCACAGUCGUAUCGAGAGGCUAUGGAUAGUCCUUACUGCGAUGACUGGAUGCAGGCUAUGAAGCCGUUAGAGCAAAGUCCAGUUACUAAUGUGCCGGUCGGGAAGAUUGAUACUUCUGAUAUAGAAAUAGCACUUCGCGCCACAAAUAAAGGAUAC